UUCCUCUACAACCCGCUCAACAAGCAGAUCGACUGGGAGAGCCGCGUCCUGCGGGCGCCCGAGGAGCCCCCCCGGGAGUUCAAGGUGUGGAAGAGCAACGCCGUGCCCCCGCCGGAGAUCUACAGCCCGCCCGAGAAGAAGCCCCCGCCGCCCCCUGCCCUCGACAUGGCCAUAAUAUGAUCACAAUUACCUAAAGAGAACUUUUUUAAAAAAUCCUGA